AACCUUGUCAUCCUUUUUGCCCUCUACACUUGUCACUUUCCUUUUUUAAUCUUCUUCUAUACUUUUUGUCUUCAUUUGUUUUUCUUUCUCCUCUUACGUAUUCCACCUUUUCAACUCCAUUGCUAUAAUACUAUACGUAUUUAUUCAGCGUAAUUUUGCACCAUGACUGGCAGCAAAGACAUCAUGCACAAAAUUAAGGUACUUUUAUCUAAUUUAAGGAAAAGGUCGGUUUAAGUUCAUCUGAUAGCGGAAGAGGAAAGAGCAAAAUGUCAAAGCACAUAACCCAUGGGUAUCACAUGGUUGAGGGAAAAUCGCAUCACGCCAUGGAAGACUAUGUUUUUGCACAGUUUAAGCAAGUUGACGAUAACGAGCUUGGACUAUUUGCAAUAUUUGAUGGCCAUUUAAGCCAUGAGAUUCCUGAUUACCUCCGAUCUCACCUGUUUAACAAUAUUUUGAAUGAGCCUAACUUCUGGGCUGAACCGGCGUCUGCAAUCAGGAGAGCAUACCGCAUAACAGAUACAACUAUCUUGGAUAAGGCUGCUGAUUUGGGUAAAGGAGGGUCCACUGCGGUUACAGCCAUAUUGAUUAAUGGUCAGAAACUAGUUGUAGCUAAUGUCGGAGAUUCUCGUGCUGUCAUUUACAAGAAUGGAGUAGCCAAGCAGCUGUCCAUUGACCAUGAUGCUGACAGAGAAAGGAAGAUCAUUGAGGAUAGAGGUGGUUUUGUGACCAAUUUUCCAGGUGAUGUUCCCCGGGUUGAUGGGCAGUUAGCAGUAGCAAGAGCAUUUGGUGACAAGAGCUUGAAAGUACAUCUUAGUUCGGAGCCAGAUGUGGUGGUAGAGCUCAUAGAUGAUAAUACGGAGUUUCUCAUCUUGGCCAGUGAUGGCGUAUGGAAGGUACUGUCAAAUGAGGAAGCUGCGGAGUGCAUAAAGAAUAUCAAGGAUGCAAGGUCAGCUGCAAAGCACCUCAUUGAACAAGCCCUUGCAAACGGAAGUACCGAUGAUAUAUCCUGUAUAGUUGUAAGAUUCCAGUAAGUUUAGCUUGUGUGGACUCUUGGGAAAUGAAGAAACCUGCGCAACUUAAAACUUGGAUUGCUGAAAACCAAGUAGAUGUCUGCGACAUAGAGUUUGUUUAAAAUGUAGUUCUUGCUUUUGUCAAUGGUUAUGUUACUAAAUACACAUUUAUGUUCCACCAUCUAGGUCUGUUUGCAAACUGCAAAUAAAAGGAAUGUUGUUGCUACAA